AUGUCGAUGCAGCUCCAAGUCUGGUUUGUGAGUAACUUUGCACCAUCGAGGCUCCUGGCCUCUGCUGACAUUCCCGUGAGCACAUCAAGCAGGAGUCUGUGGGCUGAAAUAUUGUCAAAUAAAACUCCUAAGAGGAUAUUGAAAAAACAACAGCUCAUUGCAAACCACAAUUCCCCUGUCAAUGACAAUGAGUUACAACAGGAUAUUUAUUGGGACCAACACUCUCCAACCAAUUUUAAAUUAGGCACUGAAAAGAAGUCUAUGGCUGGGCAACAUGCAGUGGAAAUAUCUGACAUUGUAAAGCGUAUUGCUCCACAGCGAUCCUCUGAAGUGCCUCUGAACGUAUGGCUGGGUGAAGAUGCAAUCCAGUGUAGCCCCACCAUUUCUUUUCGAGAAAGGAUCAAAGCAAGUAAUUCAAGAUUUCAAAGGAGCACAGAUGAAGAACUGAUGAAGUUAGCAAAAGAAUUUGACCGAAAUAUGGUGGAACAGGAUGUUGGUUAUGGUCAGGAAGCCAGUGAAGUUAACUGGACUUCAGGUUGUGCAGAUUUGGAACAGACACCAGGGUCAGAACAACUGAACUGUGACCUUCCAGCAUUGGGACAGAUACCUGUGACUGGAAUCACUGGGCCAGUUAAAGAUGGUACAGGCGGCACCCUUCCUGUAAUUGAGCUACACAAUCAGAAUAGUAGCCAGGAGGCACUAGAUUUAGAAGCUGAAGCUGCUGUUAAUGCCUUGUUUGAUGGACCCACCCAACAUACUGGUCGACCUCUGAGCCAGGGCCUCUCAGGCAAUGACACUUCAAGUCCAAAACUGGAGGAAUCCUGUGUUUCCAAAGUAAUUUCCGCACCUGCACAAGGUGGUGUAGACCCUGACAAAGGCACUAAUACAGCAGUAGUCAAUCCAAUGUCUUCCUGUCUGACUGGUAAACUACCUAGUGCCCUUCAAGCAUUGAAGCCAUUGGGAAUUGAUGCAGGUAACAGCACUUUCUUUGACCAGGCUGCAAGCUCCAAGCAUGACAAAGGUUUUUCUUGCGAAGCCAUCACCACAGUUUGUGAAUUGGAUCAGCAAAGAGAUACUAAUGCCCAAUUCAUAGGUAAGGCAGCAGCAGUUUGCACAUCUGAAACCAUUCCAGAGGGUGAUGGAUUCGAUGACUGGGAGAAUGAUGACUGGAUGGCAGAGGACUCUUUUAUAAUGCAAAUUACGCAGAACCCAGAACUUAUAGCCACUCCCAAGGAAUGCAAGCAUCUCCCAAACCAAUCAAGUCACACCUUAAAUGCUGCUAACCAAAAUGGUACAAACAAAUUCAAUGCUUCGACCAAUUUGGAGGCUGCCUCUGGUAUUGUACCAUCUGUGUCAUUUGCUCAGCAGGUGUAUGGUUCUGUUCACAAACCUAAAGACUUUGAAAUGAUAGCUAAAACCUUGCAAUUUGAAAAAGGAUCUGAGAGACCAAAGCCAAGGGCUACAUUUGUAUUACAAAGCAAAUCUAUUGAUAAGGUGAGUGAACAGGCACCUCGUGACAAAAUUCAACAAAGCCAUGUAUUUAAACCUGUAGUUAAUGCCUUGAUAAAAAAUGAACAGAGGAAUUCUGAAGUUCCAAGACCUCAGUGCAAUACUCAUCUGUUUAACGGAUCUCGAAUAGAAUCAACUUCCUUUACUCACACAAUACCUUUUAAUCAACGGACAUUGUACAGUGUUGGUGCACAGAAGAGUACAAAGGAUUCCUUUGUUUCCACUAGCAGCUCAGUGCUUGCCAAAUCCCUUGAUCAGUUGGGAUCUAGAAAACCCUCUAGUGCUGGUUCACCAAGGAGGGUUGGUACCUCGCUGCAGAGUGCUCCGGCUGCAGUGCCAGCUGACGACUGGAAUGAUGAAAACUUCUCUGAUGAAAUUCAGAAUAUGUUUACUGAAUUGGACAGUCAGUGGGAAACUGGUGAUGAUGAUGAUGAUUUGAACAGGAUGUGUGAUGAUGUAGAAAAGCUGAUUCAAAGCCAGGACUCUGGGACAGCUAUAAUCAGUGAGGCUGCCGGACUAAACAUAGCAAACAGCAGCCAGAGUAUAACAAACAAUGCUAUCUUGUCUGUGAACAUGCAAAAAAAUCAGUUUACUGAAAGGUUGGAGGGACAGCAAAAGCAUUUAAAUUAUGAUCAGUCUGCUCUCGUAUCAGAAAGCAAAGUCUCUAGAGGACAGUUAGCAAAACAAAGUAAUGCACCUUCCACGAAGCAUUUGCUAAGGCCCACAGAUUUGACAUGCUUGGUGUGUUCUGCAGCUACAAUCCCUACGCAAAGCCAUCAUUUGAAUUCCCUAAGCAGUUUCCAGGAUAGUUCUUCGUUAAGCACUACCACCAUGUGUGCAGUGAAUUUGAAUAGAUCCAAAUUUGUGCCUGGCUCUAGAACUGGUGCUGGCAUUUCCAAUUUGCUUCAGGCUUCAGUCAGUACAAACCUUGGCCAUAGCCACAAACUUUCUACAUGUACUAUAACCGUGAAUCACACAGCUGCCAAAUCACAACAUACUGCUGGCACUCCCAGGACUCCACAGUUUAACUUCACUAAAAUUACAAAUUCUUCUGUGAUGGGUACUCUGGGAAACACCAGCAGUCAUAUAAUGCAAAGGGCAAAAACUUCUGGCAACAAAGAUCAUGUGAAAAGCCCUAUGGAAAGAAAUGUUCAGUCAAGUACAUUUUCCACAGCAGCACAAUAUCCAGCAGCACCUCUAAAGAGACAUUUUUCUGAUUCUUCUUUACAGACCAAAGUUAUGGAGAAGCCAGUAGCAAAAUGCUCAUUGCAAGAGAUUGAACAGAAGAAAUUGGCAGCGUUAGCUCGGAGGAAGAUGAAAAUGCAAGCCAGCGAUGCUCGUUCAUCAUUUACGUGACUUUGCAGAUCCAAAGGGUGACUGGUUAUUAUAGGAAUGUGAUGAACAAAGUCGCACUUGGCUGAAAGAGUAUACAUUUUCUUCCCAGAGAAUCAGCUCUGCAUUUUCUUCUCUGCAGUGUAGCUGGACAAAUGAAUGGAGGGUUGUGUUGACUUAUGAAAAAGCAUAUGUGUUUACAUUAUAAUUAAGUUAUUAAAAAAGUACAUUACAAUAUUUAUCCCACUGGUGUGUUUCGAAUAUCAUGACUUAAAAGUCUUUGCGUUUUUAGUCCCACUUUUUCUUUUCACUCCCCUUUGCCUCAGUUCGAGACUUUGAUCCUUGUUGUGUUUGCCUUGUGAUUGUUGGACUGUGAAGAGCAUUUCAUCUGAUCCCAAACUAGUCUGAGACCAAUACAUGCAGUUCCAUCAGGAGUGGGGCUCACCACUGGUUAGGGAAGGGAACCCUGGAUAUUUUCCCCUUUUACUGUGAGGAUUUUAGAGCCUUAUUGCCACCCACUUGAGAUAAGCUAGUUUCAUAAAGCCUCUGGAUUGAAGCUGACACUACCUUGACGAUUGUGGCUGAAUCACCAAAGGUACUAUCUGAAAACUUUCGAGAACCAUUUUGCUUGAAGUACGAAUGAAACCCUUGGGUAUGUUCUCAUAGAAUUAUAACCAGUCAUUGGAAUCCUCUGCCACUCUUUAAUUCAACAAUUGACAGCUUCUACAAACAUCAUUAAAAUAGUCUAAUGCAAA